CUGCUAUAGAUGCCGUCAUUGUAUAGCAGUGUUCGUUAGACAGUGUUACUUGGCUGAAAUGCCCAGUAAAUAUUACGUGAAUUCUUUAGUUUGAGGUGAAAAACGAAGAUGUGUAUACCCCGUGAAAACCGUUCUGUUUCAUGUGGAUUUCAUAAAAAACGUAACGAAUCAAAUGUGUCUGGAAAAAUUGUUGAGAAAUCGUUUGGAAAAAUUGUCAAAAAGUCUUACGGGUCUCUCCGAAAUUCCAUUGAAAAAUAUUGGAUAUUAUUGAUAGUGGCUCAUCAGAAUGGCACUGACAUCGAAUUAUUUUGGUGUAAUGUCAAGUUGGCGGAUCGAAAGCCAAGAAUACAUUCUAAUUUUAUAGUGAUUACCGUCAAAUUAUGUAAUGGCCAUAUGUUGAUCAAUUGGUACCUUUCGGAAUUCAAUGAAGAUGAUCAUUUCAGUAGUAUCUUCAGCGGACAGGAUUUGAAAUUAUUGGCAAUACAAUUCUGCACGUAUCUUCUAGCAGCCGGUGUCUUGAAACAAAUUCUUGACAAAGACGUACCAAUGUACAAUGUUUUCAAGCCCGACUGUAUGUAUUAUUGGAGUCAUGCAGAAACACCUUUAUCUUUACCUCAAACUCCCGGUCGGUUGAAUGUGAUGUCAUGGCCUCCUACUCCUUCGGAAGCUUUCAUACCCCCAUGUGGUAAUGAACUUAUCCCCGUUGUGUCUUCAGAAAUUGAGGAGAAACUGAAACCCAGACAAGAACUCAGAAACUCUGCUAGAGAUGUUGAAAUAUUAUCUUUGGAACAAGAGAUCGAAAGGCUGAUACAGGAAGUCGAAAAGUAUAAAACUCUCAGCGAAAUACAGGCCCUAACCACAAACGCUGUGAUAGAUUUUAAAUCACCGGUCGAAGAGACAAAACCAUUCGUCACGUGUGAUCAUUCGACUGGUAUGGGGGUUGAAAACAAAAUAACUAAGAAGUCAAUUGCACACUCGGAAGCACAAACAGAUGAAAUUAAUUGCAAGGUUGAAGUCUCAACGCAAACAGAGAAUACGACAGCACAAGGAACUCAAACAUUAGAACUGAAAUCAGAACUCUCGCAAACAAUAACUCUACCUGUUUCCGACAGAACUAUAUGUGUAGGAACAGAGAAUACUUGCACCCCCGUUGUACUGAAGACGUCCUUUUCCCAACCUCCACCACCUCCACCGCUCCCAUCAAUUUCAGAAACUGCGAGAUCAUCCUCACCACCAACAAUACCUUCUAUAGAUUACCCACCUCCCCCUCCUCCUCUUCCUCCAAUGCUAGGUAUGAUUGGUCCACCAGCUCCUCCUAUGCCGGUUAUGGUUGCACCUCCUCCUCCCCCAAUGCCUGGAAUGACAGGACCACCACCUCCGCCAAUACCUGGCAUGGUAGGGCCACCACCUCCACCAAUGCCAGGCAUGGCAGGAUCUCCACCUCCGCCAAUGUCUGGCAUGGCAGGACCUCCACCUCCACCAAUGCCUGGCAUGACAGGGCCUCCACCUCCACCAAUGCCUGGCAUGGCAGGACCUCCACCUCCACCAAUGUCUGGCAUGGCUGGACCUCCCCCACCACCAAUGCCCGGAUCAGGUUGUACACCUCCGCCUCCAAUACCUGGAAUGACUGGACCUCCUCCUCCACCGAUGCAAGGGAUGGCAGGACCUCCACCGCCUCCAGGAGGACCAACGCCUUUACCAGCGCCUCCUAUUGGGGGUUGGAACCCUCAAAAAGCAGUGGCUCCACCUGCUCCAGCGUUCUUAGCUUUGACCAAACCCCCCGUAAAUCCAGCUGUGCCAAUGAAACCUCUUUACUGGACCAGAAUUUUGGCCACCCAAACAGAUACAACGGAUGACCCUAAAGCAAAGAGUGCUCUUUGGAGGGAAAUAAGUGAACUGCCAUUACAUGACAUGUCAGAGUUCGCCGAGCUGUUUUCGAGGCAAGUCGUCAAUAGGAAACCUACCGUCAAAAAAAUCGAACAAAAGAACAAAGUCGAACCAGUCAAGCUGCUGGACGGGAAACGAUCACAGAAUGUUGGAAUCUUAGCCCAGAGUUUGAAGAUCGAUACUCAAGAAAUUGAAAACGCCAUCUACAAUUUCGAUACGUCUAUCGUAAGCUUGGAGGCUCUUCAGCAAAUUUAUGAAGUGGUAUGUUAUGAUUUCAUUAGAUGUAUUUUUCUAGGUUGCGAGAAGAAGUCUCAAAAGAUCAUCGAAGCCUCGACCCCCGAUAAUCUUCAGCCGUUCAAGGACAAAAUGACAACAUUUUUAGAAAAUUCCAAGAAGCAGUUGUCAUCUGAAUUCGAAUCGCUGGAAGAUUGUCAUAAACAAUUUAUUUGCACCAUGAAAUUUUACCUUUUCAAACCGAAAUCUGGAACAUUGGAAACAUUUCCCCCUAAUUCAUUCUUUGAAUUAUGGUUGCAAUUUUCCAUUGAUUUCAAAGACAUUUUCAAGAAAGAACUCAUAAGAUUAGAAAAAGAAAAGGUACAAGAGAUAAGGAGGAGAGAGCAUGAGAGAAAAUCGGAAGGAAAGAGGAUAAAAGAAAGAGAGAAUGGACUCAAGGCGAAAAUAAAGAGAUUACAAGUUAAACAAAAGAUUGAGACUAGCCAGUGAUUAUAUUAAAUCUAUAUUUUAAAGUGUUAUUUA